AUUGCAGAGAAGAAAGAGCCAAAUCAAACCAGGUUGCCUCAACCUCAACUCCAAAGCAAAGCAAAGCAAACAAGCACCACCAUUCUCUUCUCUCUCCCUGUGUUUGUCCAAUAAAUAAUAAUAUCUUUCUCGGUGUAAUAGCAUCACUGUAAGACAAGGUAAAAGCGGGACCAGAGAGAAAACAGGGGGAUUUGUUUCUCUCUGCAGUUGCACUCUUGCAGGCAGGUGCAGCUGUUUCCCGUUCUGCUCCUCUCCCAACCCCUCUGUUUCUUUGGAGUGAGAAAGUUUUAUACUUUAGAACCAGCUAGCGAGCAAGUGAGCGAGUGUCAUACAUAUAUAUAAAUAGCGUGCGAGAAAUGCAGCAGCACCUGAUGCAGAUGCAGCCUAUCAUGGCAGCCUAUUACCCCAACAACGUCACCACUGAUCACAUUCAACAGUACCUGGAUGAGAACAAGUCCUUGAUCCUGAAGAUUGUUGAAAGCCAGAAUUCUGGCAAGCUGAGCGAGUGUGCAGAGAACCAAUCAAGGCUGCAGAGAAAUCUCAUGUACCUAGCUGCAAUAGCUGAUUCUCAACCCCAACCAUCUCCAAUGCCUGGUCAGUAUCCUUCUAGUGGACUUAUGCAGCAGGGAGCACACUACAUGCAGGCUCAGCAGGCUCAGCAGAUGUCACAACAACAGCUAAUGGCUUCGCGCUCCUCACUCUUGUACUCCCAACAGCCUUUCUCAGUGCUUCAACAGCAGCAAGGCAUGCACAGCCAACUUGGCAUGAGCUCCAAUGGAAGUCAAGGCCUCCACAUGUUGCAAACUGAAGCCACUAAUGUUGGAGGCAAUGCAAACAUAGGAACCGGAGGAAGGUUUCCCGACUUUGUACGCAUUGCUAGUGGCAAGCAAGAUAUUGGAAGUUCUGGUGAAGGCCGAGGAGGAAGCUCUAGUGGCCAUUCUGGUGAUGGUGGUGAAACCCUUAAUUACCUGAAAGCUGCUGGUGAUGGAAACUGAACUAGCCAGGGAGAAUGGUAAAAGUUUCCUUGGCCUUUUUAGCCGUUUAUUGAGUUAGGAGAAUUAAGUAGGGGAAGGGAAGGAGGAAAGGGAAAAGUUGCUGCUUAGAUAUCUUGUUUGUUAAUCUUGUGCUGAAGGCAAACUGCCUUAACGUUUCUGUAGUAGUACUAGUAAGUAACAUGAUGCAUGCUUUAAUUUUUCUUGUGUAAAGUUCUAGUCAUAAAUGUCAAGGUCACAAGUUCCUCCCCUUUCUGUGUGCCCA